AUGUCUUACUGCCACUACACUGAGGGGGAUGCACUGUUGCCGACGAGCAAUCGUGCACCAGAAAUACCAGCGUCUCAGCCACCAAGCCUGAAGGAGGCAUAUGAGCCCGAACUCCAGUCGUUUAGAAAGUUAAAGCCUCCGAGAAACUUUAUAUGGACUGUGAUUGGAUUAUGCGUCAUAGUCUCUACAACUGUGUUUAUUACCUCUCAAGAUUUCUAUUCCGAAUUUUUUAAGCAUUUGAAACCUCUUCCUUCCCCCCGAACUAUUGAAGAGCGUGUUAAUAAGAUAUUGACCGAGACACCCCUUAUUGAUGGGCACAAUGAUCUUGCCAUUUUUAUAAGAUAUUACUAUGACAACCACAUCUAUGAUGAUAAAUUCACCAAGCCCUUCGAGGAGGGUGGAAUGCCCCUUCAUGUCGACCUACCUCGUCUUAAGGAAGGCAAAAACGGAGGCGCAUUUUGGAGCGCAUUUGUCCCGUGUCCCGCAGAUGGUUCGGAUUUCUCUAAUGAGAAUUAUGCUGAUUCGGUUGCCUUCACCCUCACCCAAAUUGAUCUACUCGCUCGCCUCCAAGCCGCUUAUCCAGCCCACUUCUCCCCACCACUGAAUAGCAGCACUGCUCUCUCCGCCUUCAAAUCCGGCCAGUUAAUUUCUCCUCUUGCCAUCGAAGGUCUACAUCAAAUAGGAAAUUCCAUCGCCAACCUCCGCCUCUACUACUCCCUAGGCGUCCGUUAUGCAACUCUCACCCACAACUGCCAUAACAUCUAUGCCGACGCCGCUCUAACUGAAAUCUCUCGCGGUGGGGUGGAAGUAUCAAAACCCAAAUGGGGUGGUGUUUCUCCUGCAGGCAAAGAGCUAGUCCAUGAAAUGAACCGCCUUGGCAUGAUCAUCGACCUUGCGCAUGUAAGCCAGGACACAAUGCGCGACGUUCUAGGCGGCUCCUCAGACUGGGACGGAAGUGCUGCGCCUCCUAUAUAUAGUCAUUCCUCCGCCUACGCACUGUGUCCCCAUCCAAGAAAUGUCCCGGACGAUAUUCUCCAGCUAGUCAAGAAGAAGAAUAGCAUUGUGAUGGUGAACUUCGCCCCAGAUUUCAUAUCUUGCGUUGCAAAUCCAUCUAACCCUUCCGGCCUGCCGGAUUUCUACCCAACAAACUCAACAUUACAGCAGGUGGUGAGACAUAUCAUGCAUAUUGGGGAGUUAAUCGGGUAUGAUCAUGUUGGUAUUGGCAGCGACUUUGAUGGCAUUGGAAGCACACCAACGGGGUUAGAUGAUGUAAGCAAAUACCCCGACUUGGUCGCAGAGCUGCUGCGGGGGGGAGUGAGCAAUGAGGAUGCGGCAAAGGUGGUGGGCGGAAAUAUCUUGAGGGUUUGGAGGGACGUGGAUAAGGUUGCUGCUAGUAUGCAGAAGAAUGGCGAGAAGCCACUGGAGGACAAGCUUCCUAAACCCAAAUGA